GGAGCAAAGACGCUCAGCUUUCUGGACCACUGAGGAAACUCCAGCUCAACACCACAAGAAAUUGAAGGUGAUUGACUCAAAGGGACUGAUCAACAGCAUCCUGACACAAUGAAGUCUGUGAUUCUUUUGGCGGUUUUGCUCGCCAUUUAUAGCGAGAACUCGCUUGUGAUGGGGCUGACAUGCCACAGCUGUGCUGGUCUGACUAACUGUUCCGUCAAGACCUGUGACAACCAAGCGGACGUCUGCUACUCCUGCUUCAUCUAUUCUCCAGUGAGUGUGUUUGUCUCGGGCUGUGUGAGUGCCGCCGAGUGCCGCCGCAUGCAGACGAUGCCUGGCAGGGCCGUCAAAUGCUGCGAGACAGAUCUCUGCAACUCAUAAUGUCUGCCAGUGUUUUCAGUGACUGCACGCGUAAAUAAAAUGCAACCUGACUUAA